CACACAUGCCAAGAGAAACAAACAACAGAACAUCAACAAGGACCAGAGCGAGGUGACAGACAGCUUUUUAAGAUAAUCGUAUUCUUAUUUAUAACUACAGUUUAGGUCCAACGAGACUUUUGGGAGCGACACAGCAAGGAAAGUGGAAUCAGCAAACCUCGGUCCCUUAAAAGCUCACUGACUCAGUGGUCACGACGAAUGAAGCUGAAGCCAGGUAUAUGAGCCGAGGUGAAAUGCUAGGCUAGCUAACGAACGUUACCUUAUCACCUGCGAGUCGUCGUAGCUAAGCAGUAAACGUAACUAACUUAGCUAGCUAACGUUAGCUGUCAAACCAGCUCUCAAACCGAAGUGAUCACGAACCGUUACAUAUUAAAUAUAUAUUUCCAUUUGAUACAGUCAGUUUAGUCAUUUAACUAGCAAAAGUGACACAACAAACUUGGUUCUCUCUUUUCUUACGACAUUCCAACACAGUCUGAACUUUCACAUGAGCUGGCUAGCUCUCUGACUCUGGUUCUCUCCAAUAGCCGAUUAAACUCAACUCUGCGAUUUAAUAUGGAGGUGAGCGGCGACUAGUGUGGCUGUGGGCGGAAGUUUAAUAAAUAACAACUGUUACUGAUUUCAGCACCCAAAGAAUAGCCCACAAUUACACAAUUGCUGGAUAUUCUUUGGGUGAUGAAAUCAGUAGCUCGUUUUUAAUAACGUCGUUGUAUGUGACGUCUUGGCUCGAGUCCCCCCAGACUAGUCACCGCUCAACUCCAUCGUAAAUCGAGUUGAGUUUAGUCGGCUAUCUCCAACCAUGCCUGUUGACAACGCUCAACAGGAUUAGCUAGCUAGCAUUAGCAUUGCCUUCCCUGCCCGCGGGCCCAGUAAGAAAUGUUCCCUUAUGCAUAAACUUUACCCAUAAAACCGAUUAGCCUGCCUAGAUCCCAUCUAGGUUAACGUUAGAUAACGCCAGCUUCUUGUCCAACUUUGACAGUGUAGCUGCUUAGUAUUUGCAACUGUCAGGCAUAGCUAGCUAGCUAGUAACAACAACAACUGCGUGUUUCACAUUGCUAGCUCUCGGUCGUUGUGUUUUUAAUGACAUAUCACACAUAGCUAAGCUAAAAUUUCUUCCGCAGGAUGGCUGGUGUUUUCGAUAUUGACCUGGAGUCGGAAGACCUUAGCGAUGCAGAGGUGUGGAUUUGUCACUUGUUGGUUGGGGAUUUGAGGACAUUUUUUGUUAUUGAAGUAAAUUAGGGUACCUAACUAACUUCUUAUCAGAGUGUCAGAUCAGGGCAGUGUUCAAUGUAGUGAAGAAAACGCCCAGACAAUUGCAGCUAGAAUCCCCAAAACAAAAUACAGUGGAUUGCGAAAGCAUUCACCCCCCUUGGCAUUUUCCCUAUUUUGUUGCCUUACAACCUGGAAUUAAAAUGGAUUUGUUGGGGGUUUGUAUCAUUUGAUUUACACAACAUGCCUACCACUUUGAAGAUGCAAAAUAUGUUUUAUUGUGAAACAAACAAGAAAUAAGACAAAAAAACAGAACUUGAGCGUGCAUAACUAUUCACCCCCCCAAAGUCAAUACUUUUGUAGAGCCACCUUUUACAAGCAAUUAACAGCUGCAAGUCUCUUGGGGAAUGUCUCUAUAAGCUUGGCACAUCUAGCCACUGGGAUUUUUGCCCAUUCUUCAAGGCAAAACUGCUCCAGCUCCUUCUAGUUGGAUGCAAAGCAAUCUUUAAGUCAUACCACAGAUUCUCAAUUGGAUUGAGGUCUGGGCUUUGACUAGGACAUUCCAAGACAUUUAAAUAUUACCCCUUAAACCACUCAAGUGUUGCUUUAGCAGUAUGCUUAGGGUUAUUGUCCUGCUGGAAGGUGAACCUCCAUCCCAGUCUCAAAUCUCUGGAAGACUGAAACAGGUUUCCCUCAAGAAUUUCCCUGUGUUUAGCGCCAUCCAUCAUUCCUUCAAUUCUGACCAGUUUCCCAGUCCCUGCCGAUGGAAAAACAUCCCCACACCAUGCUCCUUGCCUGGUCUGUGACUUUUGGUGGGCGGCCCUCUUUUGGCAGGUUUGUUGUGGUGCCAUAUUCUUUCAAUUUUUUAAUAAUGGAUUUAAUGUUGCUCCGUGGGAUAUUCAACAUUUUGGAUAUAUUUUUAUAACCCAACCCUGAUCUGUACUUCUCCACAACUUUGUCCCUGACCUGUUUGGAAAGCUCCUUGGUCUUCAUGGUGCCGCUUGCUUGGUGGUGCCCCUUGCUUAGUGGUGUUGCAGACUCUGGGGCCUUUCAGAACAGGUGUAUAUAUACUGAGAUCAUGUGACACUUAGAUUGCACACAGGUGAACUUUAUUUAACAAAUUAUGUGACUUCUGAAGGUAAUUGGUUGUACCAGAUCUUAUUUAGGGGCUUCAUAGCAAAGGGGGUGAAUACAUAUGCACGCACCACUUUUCCGUUAUUAAUUUUUUGAAUUUUUUGAAAAAAGUUACUUUUUUCAUUUCACUUCACCAAUUCAUGUACAUUACAUGAAAUCCAAAUAAAAAUUCAUUUAAAUUACAGGUUGUAAUGAAACAAAAUAGGAAAAAUGCCAAGGGGGAUGAAUACUUUUGCAAGGCACUGUAUGUAUUCAUGUUCUGUGAUAUUAAAUUAUGCUAUCUUCAGUCUAUCUGCAGUGACCCUUCUUCACUUGUCUACAGUGAAUUAAUUUUGACCCCCUCUCUUCUGUCCCCCGUGCUCUGUAGGAUGACGUUUGUGACUUCACCGUAGCAGAGACAGACCCGUAAGUGGAACUCUGAACUUAGUCACUUUGUCCACCAUUCUUGCUUGAGCCUAUAUCUUUCACUGAAUCAUAUAAACUCACCCUCACUCAUUCCCCUCUUCCUCACUCUCUCUUAUCCCCCACUCUCUUAGUGUUCAGACAGAAGAGAUAGAGCUGACCAGUGCCAUUGUCAACAGAGACAGUGAGAGGAUCGGACCAGACAGCUUUGAGCUGCUAAGUGUGCUGGGCAAGGGGGGCUAUGGCAAGGUGUGUGUGUGUGCGUGCAUCUGUGUGUGUCAGUCAACCAGUGCGUGUUUGCGUUUCUAAGAAUUUCAGUUUCACAAUGUACUUUGGAAUACACCAAGCUCUUGAUCAGAAACUCAUCCCGUUUUUCAUCGACCUAUUUAACAAUUGUAUUUCUACUUGCAGGUUUUCCAGGUACGGAAAGUGCAGGGUGCACAGACGGGGAAGAUAUUCGCCAUGAAGGUUUUAAAGAAGGUACAUACGAUUCCUCUUAAUCAAUUUUCUCAACCAAAAGAAUGUUCUAAAUAUUGCUACGGUACCAGGGCAAAAUGUAAAAUCUCUAAAUACACAACUGACUAUCUCCUAUCUCCACCUCCCUCCCUCCUUCCACCCAUCCCUCUCUUUCUCUCCCUGCCAGGCGAAGAUAGUGUGUAACGCCAAGGACACAGCCCACACGCGUGCAGAGCGGGAGAUUCUAGAGACGGUGCGGCACCCCUUCAUUGUGGACCUGCUGUACGCCUUCCAGACCGGGGGUAAACUCUACCUCAUCCUGGAGUGUCUCAGUGGUGAGAGAUGGAGAGGGAUGGAUGGGAGGAGGUAGGAAGGGAGGGAGAGGGACCUGCUGUAUGCUUUCAACCUCAUCCUGAAGGGAGGGAGGGAGAGAGAGGGGAUCUGGGUAGGACAACCAUGUCUAUCUCUGAAUCCUGGCACUUCAACAGACACUUUUGACCUCAUGAGCGAAGGAGGAAGAGAUGGGAUCUGGGUAGGACAACCAUGUCUAUCUCUGAAUCCUGGCACUUCAACAGACACUUGUAUCGCUCGAUCUCCUUAAUCGUAUUGUUUUUGUUUCUUUAUCAGGUGGAGAACUGUUCAUGCAGCUGGAGAAAGAAGGAAUCUUCAUGGAGGACACUGCCUGGUAAGAGAGGGAGAUGCUUAGCUUCAGGUUAUCAUUGGGAAAGGAUACAAGAGUGAGGCUGAGGCCAUAAACAGCAGUGAAUUUCCAUGUGAACAUUUGUAGAAGAGAGGAGGAGAAGAAUAUGAGAACAAUAGCUUGACAGUAUGUGUUGUGCAUGCGUAAGAGGAGGAGUGUUAAUAAAUGUUUUCCCUCUUUGACAAAUAGUUUUUAUCUGGGUGAGAUCGUGCUUGCUUUGGGACACCUCCACUCAAACGGAAUCAUCUACCGAGACCUGAAACCAGAGAAUAUCAUGCUGAACCACCAAGGUGUGUCUGUCUGUCUGUUACAUAGAAAUCAAUAUCAGUGAGAUGAAUAUAGUAUAUAUUGUUUUAUAAUUGAUCUGCUAUCCAUUGGCUUAUUGUUAUAAUUUACAAUUGACACAGAUAUUAUAUCUCUGUCUUCCAGGACACAUCAAGCUGACUGACUUUGGCCUGUGUAAGGAGUCCAUUCAUGACGGCGCAGUCACGCACACCUUCUGUGGGACCAUAGAGUACAUGUGAGUCUAGCACCACACUGAUUUGAGAUGAGGAUGCUUUCUCUGAGUCAGCUGUCGCUCUCUGAAACUGCACUUUCUGUGAAUGACAGUAGGGGUCGCUAUAGUAUUCAGAGUUCAGAUAGGACUGAGUUCACCUACAGUGAGGGGAAAAAAGUAUUUGAUCCCCUGCUGAUUUUGUACAUUUGCCCACUGACAAAGAAAUGAUCAGUCUAUAAUUUUAAUGGUAGGUUUAUUUGAACAGUGAGAGACAGAAUAACAACAAAAAAAUCCAGAAAAACACAUGUCUAAAAUGUUAUAAAUUGAUUUGCAUUUUAAUGAGGGAAAUAAGUAUUUGACCCCCUCUCAAUCAGAAAGAUUUCUGGCUCCCAGGUGUCUUUUAUACAGGUAAUGAGCUGAGAUUAUGAGCACACUCUUAAAGGGAGUGCUCCUAAUCUCAGUUUGUUACCUGUAUAAAAGACACCUGUCCACAGAAGCAAUCAAUCAAUCAGAUUCCAAACUCUCCACCAUGGCCAAGACCAAAGAGCUCUCCAAGGAUGUCAGGGACAAGAUUGUAGACCUACACAAGGCUGGAAUGGGCUACAAGACCAUCGCCAAGCAGCUUGGUGAGAAGGUGACAACAGUUGGUGCGAUUAUUCGCAAAUGGAAGAAACACAAAAGAACUGUCAAUCUCCCUCGGUCUGGGGUUCCAUGCAAGAUCUCACCUCGUGGAGUUGCAAUGAUCAUGAGAACGGUGAGGAAUCAGCCCAGAACUACACGGGAGGAUCUUGUCAAUGAUCUCAAGGCAGCUGGGACCAUAGUCACCAAGAAAACAAUUGGUAACACACUACGCCGUGAAGGACUGAAAUCCUGCAAGGUCCCCCUGCUCAAGAAAGCACAUAUUCAUGCCCGUCUGAAGUUUGCCAAUGAACAUCUGAAUGAUUCAGAGAAGAACUGGGUGAAAGUGUUGUGAUCAGAUGAGACCAAAAUUGAGCUCUUUGGCAUCAACUCAACUCGCCGUGUUUGGAGGAGGAGGAAUGCUGCCUAUGACCCCAAGAACACUAUCCCCACCGUCAAACAUGGAGGUGGAAACAUUAAGGUGGAAACAUUAAGCAUCAAAGGGACGAUGGACGGGGCCAUGUACCGUCAAAUCUUGGGUGAGAACCUCCUUCCCUCAGCCAGGGCAUUGAAAAUGGGUCGUGGAUGGGUAUUCCAGCAUGACAAUGACCCAAAACACACGGCCAAGGCAACAAAGGAGUGGCUCAAGAAGAAGCACAUUAAGGUCCUGGAGUGGCCUAGCCAGUCUCCAGACCUUAAUCCCAUGGAAAAUCUGUGGAGGGAGCUGAAGGUUCGAGUUGCCAAACGUCAGCCUCGAAACCUUAAUGACUUGGAGAAGAUCUGCAAAGAGGAGUGGGACAAAAUCCCUCCUGAGAUGUGUGCAAACCUGGUGGCCAACUACAAGAAACGUCUGACCUCUGUGAUUGCCAACAAGGGUUUUGCCACUAAGUACUAAGUCAUGUUUUGCAGAGGGGUCAAAUACUUAUUUCCCUCAUUAAAAUACAAAUAAAUUUAUAACAUUUUAUACAUGCGUUUUUCUGGAUUUCUUUGUUGUUAUUCUGUCUCACUGUUCAAAUAAACCUACCGUUAAAUUUAUAGACUGAUCAUUUCUUUGUCAGUGGGCAAACGUACAAAAUCAGCAGGGGAUCAAAUACUUUUUUCCUUCACUGUAACUGGUUCUAGUACAAUUCUCCCCCUCCUCCCCGAAGUCAAGUGUGGAUUUAAAACCGUUACAUUUGUCCAUGGGCUGCAUGGCCUAGUGUGACAUUUCCACCAUAUUCCUUACACUAACCACGUUUUUAUCCACAGUUGCUAUGCGAGUAAAGUCAUACAGUAUAAUACAAAUAAUCACGACGGCUAUAAUGGUACAAUUUUAUAAAUGCUGACAGAUAAUUUGUUUGUUUGACAUGGUGUGAUCUUUUUCUGUCUGUAAAAUUAAUUAUACGAGAAAUGGCAGUGGAAAUGCCUUUAUGUGCAAAUAUUGAUAUAAUAACCAUCAUAUUGAAGUAAACUUGGAGUCAUGAAAUGUAAUGGUGUGUGGUCCUCCCACUACGACUCCUAAAAACCAUGCAGUUUAUUAGGCUACAGAUGAAAUGACUUAUGAGGAACUUCACAGGGUGGUGAAAGUGCACAGUGAUCUUGAUGCUCCUUUCCAAUAAAUAUAGAGAGUCUGAUUCUGGUGACAUGAUGAUCAAUGCUUGACUGCCGUUUGACAAAUACAAAUAUUCUCGAUGUGAUCCAUAAUAUAAUCUCAUCAUGUAGACUAGCCUAUUUACACAGCCUACCUGCACUAUAGGCCUGUGAGCGCAUGUGCCAAGACCAGAGUAGGCACAUUUGCAGUUUUUAUGACAAAACUGUCGGUAGAGUUGAAAAUGCUGUGGCAACACAUUGAACUUUAGAUUUUAAUUCGGUACAUGAAAACGUAAGCAAAAAAUGACUUUUUGUGCACUACGUCAUCACAUACUGAUUUGGUAGAGUCCGUGCAUAUUUUCUUUAAGCAGACUAUUCGCAUGAAAAUCUGUCGCCAAUUGGAUAGAAACCUAGCAACUGACUGGUAUCAGUCCAUUCUCUUUCAAUCCAUGAAAGGGAGUGAAAAGUGCACACUUCUAGGAGAAGGUUGAGAAUCGGAUCACAGCAAAUCCUUUUCGACUCUUCUACUGAAGUGUCUCUUCCCUGCGCUCUCUAUCCCCUGCACUCUUUUCCCCCUCUUUCUUACAUUUUCUCUCUCUCCAUCUCGCUCUCUCUCAGGGCUCCAGAGAUUCUGACGCGUACAGGACACAACCGGGCGGUGGACUGGUGGAGUCUUGGAGCCCUGAUGUAUGACAUGAUGACGGGCUCGGUGAGAGACAGAGAGAAAGAGAGAGAGAGGGGGAGUGAGCGGGAGAGAGAGAAAGAGAGGGGAGGGGGGGGGGGGAAGUGAGCGGGAGAGAGAGAGAGGAGGGAUGGGGUGUAGGAUGAGAAAAAGAGGAGAGCAAGAGAAAAAGAGGAGAGCGAGAGUUUUAGAGAAGAAAUGGGAAGGAUGCGCCUACAGUGCAUUGGGAAAGUGUUCAGACCCCUCAACUUUUCCCACAUUUUAUUACGUUACAGCCUUAUUCGAAAAUUGAUUAAAUUGUUAUUUUUUGUCAUCAAUCUACAGAUAUACCCCAUAAUGAAAAAGCAAAAACAGGUUUAGACAUUUUUGCAAAUGUAUUAAAAAUAAAAAAACGGAAAUAUAUUACAUUUACGUAACUAUUCAGACCCUUUACUCAGUGCUUUGUUGAAGCACCUUUGGCAGCGAUUACAGACUUGAGUCUUGGCACACCUGUAUUUGGGGAGUUUCUCCCAUUCUUCUCUGCAGAGCCUCUCAAGCUCUGUCAGGUUGGAUGUGGAGCGUCGCUGCACAGCUGUUUUCAGGUCUCUCCAGAGAUGUUCGACCGGGUUCAAUUCCGGGCUCUGGCUGGGCCACUCUAGGACGUUCAGAGACUUGUCCCGAAGCCACUCCUGCAUUGUCUUGGCUGUGUGCUUAGGGUUGUUGUCCUGUUGGACGGUGAACCUUUGCCCCAGUCUGAGGUCCUGAGCGCUCUGGAGCAGGUUUUCAUUAACGAUCUCUCUGUACUUGGCACCGUUCAUCUUUCCCUCAUUACUUACUAGUCUCCCAGUCCCUGCCGCAGAGAUGGUUGUCAUUCUGGAAGGUUCUACCCAUCUCCACAGAGGAACUCUGGUGCUCUGUCAGAGUCACCAUUGGGUUCUUGGUCACCUCCCUGACCAAGGCCCUUCUCCCCUGAUUGCUCAGUUUAGCCUGGCGGACAGCUCUAGGAAGUGUCUUGGUGGUUACAAACGUCUUCCAUUUAAGAAUGAUGGAGGCUACUGUGUUCUUGGGGACAUUCAAUGCUGCAGAAAUGUUUUGGUACCCUUCCCCAUAUCCGUUUCACAACCUAAUUCUGUCUCGGAGCUCUACAGACAAUUCCUUUGACCUCAUGGCUUGGUUUUUGCUCUGACAUGCACUGUCAACUGUGGGACCGUAUAUAGACAGGUGUGUGCCUUGCCAAAUUAUGUCCAAUCAAUUUAAUUUACCACAGGUGGACUCCAAUCAAGUUGUAGAAACAUCUCAAGGAUGAUCAAUGGAAGCAGGAUGCACCUGAGCUCAAUUUUGAGUCUCAUAGCAAAGGGUCUGAAUACUUAUGUAAAUAAGGUAUUUCUGUUUUUAAUACAUUUGCAAUAAUUUCUAAAAACCUGUUUUCACUUUGUCAUUAUGGGGUAGUGUGUGUAGAUUGAUGAGGAAAACAAUUAAUUGAAUCCAUUUUACAAUAAGGCUGUAACGUAACAAAAUGUGGAAAAAGUUUAGGGGUCUGAAUACUUUCUGAAUGAAUGAAGGAAUCAUUAUUGGGAUAAUUAUUGAUUUUGAUUAGGAAUGUUAAGUACAGUAAGCCACUAUUAUAAACCAAUUGGAUAGCAUUUGAAAGACGUUUGACUCAAACCUCUGUGUUCUUCUUGCCUCUCCCUGUCUCUCCCCCGUAGCCUCCGUUCACUGCUGAGAACAGGAAGAAGACCAUUGAUAAGAUCUUGAAGUGUAAACUCAACCUACCGCCCUACCUCACACUAGACGCCCGAGACAUGAUCAAAAAGGUAAAGACACCCACCCCUCCCCAUCUCAUUAGGUUUAAGAACAGUUAUCAUCCUAAGAAUAGAGGUCAAGACUCAAUCUCUUUCUCUCAUUCUGUCCUUCUCUCUUUCACCCACUGUCCUACAUCUCUUUUUCUCUCUCUCUCUACAUCUCUUUUUCUCUCUCGCUCUACAUCUAUUUUUCACUCUUUCUCCAUCUCUUUUUCUCUCUUUUCCUCCAUCUUUGUCCAUCUCUUUUUCUCUCUUUCACAUCUUUCUCUCUCUUUCUCAUCUAUUUUUCUCUAUCUCUCUCUCUUUCCAUCUCUUUUUCGCUCGCUCUCUAUCUCGCUAUCUCUCUCUUUUUCUCUCUCCUUUUCUCUUUUUCUCUCUCUUUCUCUCUCUCUCUCCUUUCUGUAGCUGCUGAAGAAGAGUCCUUCUCAGAGGUUAGGCUCCAGUGCGGCAGACUGUAAAGACAUACAGGUGAUAGACACACACGUCUCCCGUUCACUCCACUCUCCACAUCUCUCUUUGUUUUCUAUUGACAUCAUAAAGCAUUGUAAUAGGCUUGGGGUCAAUUCAGGAAGUAAACAGACAUUUCUACCUCCUCGAAUUGACUGAAAUGAAAUUGACCCUAACCCUGCUUUGUUAUGAUCAGUGCUUAUAGUGAUAGCAAUUGAACCAAAUCCAAUGGCGCACUGUACAGGGAUGGAUUCUAAGUGCAGCGUUUUUCUGCUGGUUUUACAGAAGCAUCUCUUCUUCAGACACAUCAACUGGGACGACCUCCUGAAUAAGAGGUGUGAGCCGCCCUACAAGCCAUGCCUGGUACGACCCACUAUUCUACUGUCACUCUUUCAACAGCACCUUUUAUUCAACAGCUAAAAUAUCAAAUCUGUGCUGGGUCUUUUUAAAUAAUUGAGGAGGUACCUGUAAAGUUGAAACUGUGGCAUCCCGCUCUAUGAGCACGGUUACAUGCACAUUAUAAUAUGAUUAUUGUGGAUAGUCAAAUUAAUAUAAUAGUUCGUUUAAAACGUUCACAUGCUUUGCAAGAAGAACGAUCGCCUAUCAAAAUAAACGUUCUACCACAGCGACCAUGUUAUUUUUGGAAGUCUAUUCGAUUCUGAGUUCGGACAUAUAACGUUUGUAUGUGAAAACAAUUUUAUAAGACGCAUACAUUGUUUUUCCAAACUCACUUCAGUCGCGCAUUAGACGGAGGCUUGCGCUGCUGGCACAUGCGCAGAUCAAAUACACAGCUGGAAUGCCAAUUAAUUCUAAAGAAUGCUCAGAAAACCAGGUGUUUUAAUCGGCGUAUGCUUACUUCGAUUUUGACCUUAUGCCGAUUUAAGAUAAGCAGAGUUUAGUGUUUACAUGACUACUGCCAUACUCGGCCUACUGCCAUAAUCAGUUUAAUAUCUAAUUAUUAGAGUGCACGUAAACAUACUCUAUCUCCCCACAUUUAUUUAUCUUCUCCCACCAUUUCUCUCUCUCCAUUCAACCCCUGCCUCCUCUCUUUUUCUCCUCUCUUCACCCUCUGUAGCAGUCGGAUGAGGACGUGAGUCAGUUUGACACGAGGUUCACCAAGCAGACUCCGGUGGACAGUCCUGACGACUCCACAAUCAGCCACCAGCACGAACACGCCUUCGCUGUGAGACGAUUAUGUUUGAUAUUUUAGUCAUUUAACAGACGCUCUUAUCCAGAGCGACUUACAGUAGUGAGUGAAAACUUUUUUCAUACUGGUCACACAUGGGAUUCGAAUCCAGAACCCUGGCAUUGCAAGCGCCAUGCUCUACCAACUGAGCCACACGGGACCACGAUUACCUCUUCAUCCACCUUUUCACCACUUCGUCUCUCUCCAUUUGCUCCCUUCAUCUUUUCCCUCAGUCAUUUUCCUCCUCCUUUCACCUCCUCUCUCUGUCAUGGGUUCACUCUUUCUUCUCAACCUCACACAUGGGUCAUGUUCAUUUGGCACUAAAUGGAACAAAAUGGACUGAAGCAGGGAGGGGCUACCUGGACUAGUCCAAUAAGAAAAGGUUGUUUUCGUUUUAAAACAGUUUCAGUUGCCAGUAUUAUUGAACACGACCCUGUUCUCACCUGUGACAAAACACCUCUUAUUCUGGUCUUUCCCCACAAAAUAGAGUAGUGGAAGUGUUGCUAGAAUGACUAGUCUACCUAUAUCAUUAAUGGCUGGUAUUGUUGUUGUUUUCUGUCAGGGUUUUACCUAUGUGGCUCCCUCUGUGUUGGAGAGUCUGAAGGAGGGCUUCUCCUUUGAGCCACGGACACGUCCUGUACGCAGACACAACAGCAGCCCACGUACCCCCAUCAGGUGACACACACACAUAUAUACACGGCAAUACACUCACAAAUGUAUUUAUUUGGACUGAUGCUAAAUCUUUUUUAAUUUGACUCUAUACUCCAGCAUUUUGGAUUUGCGAUCAAAUGUUUCAUGUGAGGCGACAGUACAGAAUGCCACCUUUUAUUUGAGGGUAUUUUCACACAUCUGUUUUACCGUUUAGUCUCCCCUUUUGAACAUGUAUUUGGACAAAUUCACUUAGUGUAUUAAAGUAGUCAACAUUUUAGUAUUUGGUCCCAUAUCUCUAGCUACAGUAUCUACAGCUAGAGGCACAAAGAUCAUACAGUGCCUUCAGAAAGUAUUUACACCCCUCGACUUAUUCCACAUUUUGUUGUUACACUCUGAAUUCAAAAUUGAUUAAAUAAUUUUACAAAAUUGACAAUAUUCUUAAAAUAAUUAUUCAAGCUCUGUCAAGUUGGUUGUUGGUCAUUGCUAGACAGCCAUUUUCCAGUCUUGCCAUAGAUUUCCAAGUAGAUUUAAGUCAAAACUGUAAUUAGGCCACUCAGGAACAUUCACUGUCUUCUUGGUAAGCAACUCCAGUGUAGAUUUGGCCUUGUAUUUUAGGUUAUUGUCCUGCUGAAAGGUGAAUUUGUCUCCCAGUGUCUGUUGGAAAGCAGACAGAACCAGGUUUUCCUCUAGGAUUUUGCCUGUGCUUCGCUCUAUUCUGUUAAUUUUUAUCCCCAAAAAACUCCCUAGUCCUCGCUGAUGACGAGUAUACCCAUAACAUGAUGCAGCCACCACCAUGCUUGAAAAUAUGAAGAGUGGUACUCAGUCAUGUGUUGUUGGAUUUGCCCCAAAGAUAACGCUUUGUAUUCAGGACAUAAAGUUAAUUUCUUUGCAACAUUUUUUGCAGUUUUACUUUAGUGCCUUCAUUUUCAAUUAAUUUGUAAAAAUAUCUCAACAUAAUUCCCCUUUGAAAUGAUGGGGUAUUGUGUGUAGGCCAGUGACACAAUCUCUAUAUACUACAUUUUAAAUUCAGGCUGUAACACAACAACAUUUGGGAAAUGUCAAGGGGUGUGAAUGCUUUCUGAAGGCGCUGUACCCCCAGAACAUGCUAACCUCUCACCAUUACCAACAACAAUAAGGUUGGCAUUUUUGGCAGGGGUUAUGAUAUUUAUGCCUCUAACUUUCUCACUCAUCAUUAUCCAUAAUCGUGGUAGCAUCCACAUCAAUGUAGACGUGUUCAGAAACAUAUUCUAUUCUUGUUUAAUAUAAAAGUGACUCCAAAAUGACACUGUUAUUUAACAUUCAUUUCUGUAGAGCACAACAUGAUCCGAAACACAACCAAAACCAAACUGCAAAUGCAUCCAAUACGUUUGUAGAGUUACAAGCUUAAUGUAGUCAUUGUGGGAUAGGAAUAUGGGGCCAAAUACUAAACUUUUGACUACUUUAAUACACUAUAAGUGAAUUUGUCCAAAUACUUACACCUUCAAAUGGGGGUGGCUAGAUACUUAAAGUGCUUUCAUUUCUAAACGGUAAAACAGAUGUGUAUGAAAAUACCCUCAAAUUAAAUGAAUGUCACCUCAUAUGAAACAUUUGAUCUCAUAUCAAAAAUGCUGCCGUGUAGAGCCAAAUUAAAAUAUUUAUCUUCACUGUCCAAAUAAAUACUUAGGGGAGUGUGUGCAUACACACACACACACACACACACACACACACAUAUACAUGCACACUGUACAUACACACUGUACAUACACACACCUCAACCCCACCCCAUGUAGAUGUGAUUAUUAAUAUAUGUUUUUCCCUCUGCCCUUAUCUAAUGUCUCUCUCCCUCCCCUUUUCUUUCUAUGAUGUUUCUUAUUCUCUCUCCGCAGUCCUAUUAAGUUCUCUCUCGCCGGGCCAUUCGCCAAGUCCAGAGGAGGAGCAGGGGGAGGAGAGAGCGAGUCUGACCUUCUCUCCCAGACCUCGUUCCGUCUCCCGCCAACACCCCCGCCCACCGACAAUGGCGCCACGCAGCCAAUCAGCACACCCGGCCGGAACAAGAAGCAGAAGGGUAACCGGAGAUGAACUGGAGUAGGCGGAGUCGGGAGGAAUCCGACCUUUUGGCCGCGUUCCAGGCUGACUACUUUGCAGUCGUGCCGCACGCAUCCACCAAUAGCUGAUUGCCACGUCAUCGACAGUGGGCGCUGGUUGCUGUAUCAUACGAUGUGUUUAGCUGAUAUGUUUAAGACUUAUCCAGGUGUUGUGAGAUCUGGCAGACGACUGCUAUGUAGUCAGUCUGGAUCGCGACCGUUCUCAGGGGGCCCUGUGUUUCUCACAGGCUGA